CAUAACGACGUUAUGGUUUCGCUAGCUGCGUGUUUUUGUCCUAUUUUUGAUUAAUUUUCCGCAGUUGCACACAGCCACAUAUUAGCAUGUGCAAUUCGAGCUGUUUAAUAAGUAGCAGGACCGUUUGACACGCUUAAAAUAUCGAAACCAGCGAUUGUUUGGACUUUUUAUGAGGCCGUGCAUUCGCCCAGUCACUAUUUUUCAACGCUUUUUUUGUGCAUAUUUUUCCUCCUCUUUAUUAUACAACAGACUAUUGCUUACCACCUCGCUGGCUAGGCAUAUGAAAAUUUACGGUUUUUAUAUAUAUUUAUAUUAGCAAGGAUUUUGUGUUGACAUUUGCUUGUUUUCCUAACGCUACCAGCACAGCAGCAGCAAAGCUGAAACAUAAUAAGAAAAAAACAACAUCACCAGCUGCUCAAACACACCUUUUUUGUCAGAUAAUCUAAUCUGGCAACUAGUACCCUCCUCAGAUCAAUCUGACCGAACUGUCAAUCUGGUAUUUUUGGUCUAUUUUUCCAAGCUCAGCGAUGCACAUUGGUCUCUAGUUAGGAGCUUUCGAAUUCAGACUUUCAGAGCCUAAAACUGACCAAGCGCCGAACUAAAGCUAUAAUCUAUAAAAGUCUUUAGACCUUUUUGAGUGUCGCCACUUACAUGGUUUUAGGAAGAGUUGCCCUGAUUUUGCAGAUCUGGAGGUUUUUGUUGGGCGCGUUUUUUCCACGGUCGUGUUGCACUCACAUUUUUAACAUUUGACGUUCGUUAUCUAGUCUAAUAUGAGCAAGACUUUUUAAUAUUUUUUCUUUUGAGGCAGCUGAGGGACAUUUUAUUCCUUUUUUUUUUACCAUCCAGCCAUUUGGAAACCAGCGUUAGAUAUCACGGCCGUGUUUAUUUGUUUAUUACAUUUAUCAAUACGCCAUUUUUGUACACAUUUUUGGUUUUAAAUAUCAACAAGCUCCCAUUUCUAAAGAUUACCCCUCGCUGCCUUGCAUAAAAAGAUUUUAUAUAGUCGUCUGUCUGUAUUUUUAUUUUUUACUGUCUAAAAGAGGAAGAAGCGUGAAGGAACUCAAGGCUGGUGCUUGUUUUUUUCCUCUUUUAUUUCUGACACGGAUCGUCAUUUUUAAUCACAUAAAAUGUCGGCGAUUGAAAAACUGCAGAUGUUAAUCGAAGCAGCUGAAUAUCUUGAUCGAAGAGAAAGAGAAGCGGAGCACGGCUACGCCUCUAUUUUACCAUUCACCAGCAACAAAGAGAGGGAUGGCUUAAAACGAAAAAUGAAAAGCAAGAAAAACUGCAGCAGCAGGUCAACGCACAACGAGAUGGAAAAGAACAGGAGGGCACAUUUACGACUGUGUUUGGAACGCUUGAAAUCUCUGGUGCCCAUAGGACCAGACUCAAACAGGCACACAACCCUCAGCCUACUUAUGAGGGCUAAGGAACACAUCAAGAGGUUGGAGGAGAGCGAACGGAAGGCCCAGCACACUAUAGACCAUCUGCAGAGAGAACAAAGGCACCUGCAGAGACGUCUGGAGCAGCUUGGUGUGGAGCGCACACGUAUGGACAGUAUGGGCUCCACCAUCUUGUCGGACAAAUCCGACUCCGACCAAGAAGAGGAGGCUGACGUUGAUGUGGAAGGAACAGAUUAUCUGCUUGGAGAUCUAGAGUGGAGCACCAGCAGUGUAAGCGACUCAGAUGAGCGGGGAAGCUUGCGAAGUAGCUGCAGCGAUGAAGGCUAUUCCAGUGCCAGUCUCCGUCGCCUCGCCAACCCUCAGGAGCAGUGCCCAACCCUGGGCUGCAGUCUAUAAGAGCACAGCCUCCCAUUGGUUCUCAACCACUCAUCUUUCACCACUUCAAUCUCCUGUCUGGUCCUCCUCUUAUACUUAAACAAUGUUUUCUCCUUUGUGACCAAUGAUCUUGACAAAGACCAAAACGGAAAACGGUCUUCAUCAACUUCCUUUGACAAAUUCAUGGAGUUUAGCCAAGUGGAGGAAGCACGGAGAAAGUAUUGGAGUUUGGAGGUGGUAUCCACCAACCAGACCUCAUUCAUGCAGCACUAAUUGGGAGAAGAGGCGCUGCCUUCACCACGCAGACCUUCUACACUGAUCCUAACCAAUCCCCUUGCACUAUGUGUUUCCACUGACCAAUCACCAGUGGUGGAGGCAGAAUAUGAGCCUGCCGUUGUCCAAUCAGAUAUUCCCACCCAUCUGCCUUCCCUCCCUCCCCUCCAUCCCAGCCAAUUACGGAGAGAGGCACUUGAUUGGGACAUUCCCUCCCCAAAGACCCUAAAAAUACCCUUAAAGACCUCAUAAGCCAGAUGAAGAAUGUGUACCAUACAACACCGACUGCCUAGUCAGUGUCACACUCUUUGGGACAAUCGCACCCAAGCGAUCCUUCAAUCAGACUGAACCGUCCAGUAGACACAGAGAUGGGUCAACUGACAAGUUACCUAACCUACCAGAGUAUGGUAUUUUGCACUUAGAUUACGGUAUUUGUAGGAGUUGCCUUUUUACACUCAUCUAAAGAAAGUUUUGCCUCAUCCCACAUAGUAAUUAAGAACAGGAUUUGGGAAAGCUGCAAGAUCUGAGCAAAAGGGCUACUUCUACCGUACAGGCAAGGAUCGCUUUGUGUCAAGAUGUGCUGUCAUGUCGUUUCAUUUCAGACGUCUCUUUGAAGGGACUUGCAGCUAUUGUAGUGAUGUAUCAGGCGUAGUGCUUUAGCUAGUCUUAAAAGUAUCUACCUGCACUGUCUAAUAUCCGCCCGCCACUCCUGUCACAGCACUGGGACAUGUUUUUUUUACACCGCGAAAAUUGUCUUAAUCAGAGUUUUUCUAGUACAUUUAACUAAACAUCCUUAAAACAAGAGUUUUAUUGAGAAGCAAAAUGAUAUUUAAGGUCUUAAUUUCUGAGGAAUCGAACUAAAUUUAGUAAGGUUUAUGCUAAAAAAAAAAUAAAACUAUUUGCCAAUGGGGUAAGAAAAAAUGACUUCAAAGGGGAUAGUUUAUUUUUUCUAACUCUGAUUGCUAAUUUCAUUUUUUUAUUUUUUUCGAGUGUAAGCAUAAACAUCACAAAAUGUUUGAGUUCUCUGAAAACAAGACAUAAUAUAUUAAAGGAAUGUUCUUUGUGGCAUAAUGUUGAUUACAAAAUAAUUUGACUUGUCCUUUGUUUAUAAAAAAAAAAAAGAAGCAAGAAUCAUGGGUUAUGUUCUUACAAUGUAAGCGGAAGGGGUCGCUCCAUAAACAUUAAAAGACACACUGUUUCAAAAGUAUAGCCACUAGACGUAAACAUUAUACGUUAACAUGAUUAUAGUGUAAUAAAAUCACUAAUCUGUGUGAAGUUAUAUCCAAUAUCACAACUUUGUCGUCUUGACUGCUUAACACUGGUCAAUCCUGUAAUCCGGUAAGUGCAGGAGUGCCGGUAUUUUCAUGAUUUUUUGGUAACAAUUUACAAUAAGUUUCUAUUUGUUAACAUUAACAAUUUACAAUACUUUUACAGCAUUUAUUAAUCUUGGUUAAUGUUAAUUUCAACAUAUAAUACAUUUUUUAAAUCAAAAGUUGCAUUAGGUAUUGCACUGAGAAAUAACAAACUUACAAUAAACAAUUGUAUUUUUAUUAAAUAAAUUAACAGAUUUUUAAAUGCUGUCAAACUUAUAUAUUUGUAAUUGUUCAUGAGUCCUAGUGCAUUAUCCAAUGUUAGCGAAUGGAACCUUAUUGUAUAUAACUAAAAUCAUAUCAGUCAAAUCAAACAGUGUACAUUUUAACGUUUAUGGACUGCCCAAUUCACUUCUAUUGUAAGUGCCUUACCACAACAGCACAUUUUUGAAAAAAUUUUUUAUAAUAAUAUAUGUGUGUGUAUAUAUAUAUAUAUAAUUUAUUUAUUUUUUAAAUGAGGGAUAAGUCAAAUUCUUUUCUGGUUAUCAACAGACACAAAUGCGAUCAAUUGAGCUUAAAUUGUAUAAAACCCUGAACAUUACUUUAACUCAUUUUGCUUCUCAAGUAAAUAUCUUGUAAGGAAGAAGAAACCAUUUUUACUCUUUUUUUUUUGCAUUUUAUACCCUGCAAGCACUCACAGUAGUCAUGCUGUGCAAAAUCAUCAGGGCGGUAGCAAUACACCCUUCAACUGGAUUUACUGGUGGAUUCCUGACAAGCUAAACAAAAAAAUUAAGAAAUCCUAAACGAAAUGUCUCUUUUGUUAUUGUUUUCGUUUUUUAAGCACACGUUGUAUUUUUAGUGCCCUCUCUACCUGCCACCUUGAAUUUUACUACAACUGGGGGCGACGCAACUGAAAACCUGUUUUUGUGUAGAAUUGUUUGCAGCAUGAGAUUCUUUGAAGGGUUUGUGGGUGGGGUUUAUGAGAUGGGGGUAGAGAGUGGAGAUGGGGGAAAUCUGGAUCUCAGGUGUCUCUUCCUCUCUAGGGACAGUGGCGUUCUUUGUGUGUAUGCGUGUGUGAUGCAUCCUUUUUGUUUAUUCUUGUUUUCUUUUUGGUCUUGACUGUUUAGCCCAAGCAGUACAAGGGCGAUUCUACAAGCACAUUCCAUGAUAGAGCAGAGCAAUGGAGGUUGUGUUAAUGCAAUGACUGUAGACACUGAUAGAAAGGUCUAAGGCUUCAGAUUACAUAUGAGCGAUGGACCCUCUGUGCUUCUGCACCAUCAAACUCAUUGUAAGAGUGUGUGUGCGCAUUGUUCCUCUGUGGCUGCAGCAUUGCAGUUUUACUUCUGCACCUAUCUAUUUACCAUUUCAGCUAAAUGUAGUCAUGAUAUGUAUAUAGUUAACAGACAAAAGAGAGAUAUCUACCCUAUAUGUACGUAUAUUGACAAAGUAUUUAUAUUUGAUCGACAUAUAUGUUCAAACAUAGACUAUACUGUAUAUAUGAGAAUAUAUUUAAUAAGUAAUUGCCUUAGUUGCUUUCGUUCUCCUCCUGUUAGUUUCAAUGUGUAGUUUGAUUUGCACUCUAUAUAGAUUUGUAUAAAUAUAUAUAUGCUAAUGUUUUACUCAUCCUGGUGCUCGCAGAGCCAAAAAACUUUCAUUAUAUUUUUCCUGUGCAAAAGUGAAAAUAUGUUAACAAAAAAACAACAAAAGAACAAACUGAAAAAAAAUUUAAUUUUUAGAGUGUUGGUGCCAAUGCGAUUGUGGGAAGUUGGAAUGAAAAUGAUUGUUAGACGAUAGAUAGUUGCCUAGGGAGAAUGGAAUUUGUUCCUAUAACACUAGUGAUUAAAAAGUUUGUUUUUUUUUUGUGGGUUUUUGCAAAGGAUUUGUAUGUUUGAAUGUAGUGUCAAAUUUUCACCACUGUGGCAUUACAAGCCAACAUCAAAAAAGAGAGUUAUUAAUAUAGAUGCAUCAUAAAAAGAUCCUUUGAAACGGAACAAAAAAUAGGAUUGUUCAUUUUUAACAUAUGGAAUGCUGCUGUUGGGUAGUUUUGAAAAUGAAACUAAAAUCCCAAAAAAGAUGUGUGAGCUGUAGCCAUUAGAGCAUGGUGUAUUAUGGAAAUUAGGGUGGGGUUGGAUAGGGUGGUGUAUGUAUAUAUACAUGCUUGUUUGUGACGCCACUGUCCACAGACAGAGAGAAAGGGUUAAAUUUUUCUUUUGUUUUAAUCUUGGGAGGGUAGGGAGUUCAGGCUGUAUGCCUUUUUGCAUUAAUAUGCUUCUUUUGUCCCCCAACCCCCUCCCCAAAACCAAGAGUCUGUGUUUUUACUCCUCUUACGUCGUCUUCUGUGAACACCAUCUACGGGACACAGCUACCGUGUUAUGCUACGAAUGUUAUGUGAAAGACUAUGGUGCUGUCACACACCGAUGUGAAUUCCUGCUAUAACACGAACCCUUACUUUGUCUCGGCACGGCGCUUAUCACAGUCAAUGAUGUCACCAUGGGCUACUUUGAUUUGUAUAUAUGGGUUAUGUACCGUACAUUGAGUACAAAAUGGCUAAAGCCUUAAGACAUCCAAAUGUGUGGAAACCACAGAUGUUAUCAGAAACUGACUGCAAACGUGGUCUUCUGACGUGACCCCAUCGCCAGUCAUACCCAAUGAUCGUGACUGCAACUCAGGUGGUUCACACCUUUCCAAAUAUACAUUAACAUACACAUGCACACAUAUUCAUCCUUGAACACAUACUGCCUCUUGUAAGCUAAACAAAAGAGGUUAAUGUCUGUUUUACAUCCAAUCAGAAAUGGAUAUUUGUAUGCUGUUACUUUUUAAAAAUUGGGCUACUUUGAUGUUGACUGGUAAAUAUGUGGUUUAAAGGAAUGAACUUAAAAUAAAAAAUAAAAAAAAA